AUGCCUGUUCCCUUAGGGGAGAUCAGCACUCUUACCACCCCACUCUCACUGGUACGGAUCUGGGCCCUUGUCUCCAGCUGUCUCACCUUCAGCCUGGUUGCGUACGCCAACCAAAGACAAGAGCAGCAUCUCGACCUUGCCACUUUUCAGAAGUUCUGCAUGUUCUCCUGGUGCUUCUUCUUCAUCUUGACCUUCCUUAUCCUCGCCAUCACGUACAUUCAGUUCCAUAACCUGCUGCCAUUUUCGUGGAAGAACCUGACGGUUACCGUGGCGGCCAUGGCGGCGCUGAUGUCUUUGGCUGCUUCUCUGGCCUUCCCUUGGCUGAUACCUAAGGAAGAUGGAGUUGAUAAUUCGAGGGAGGUGGUGGCUGCUGUGGGUUCCUGCCUUACCUUCCUGGCCUAUGCUGCGGAGGUUCUCCUGAUCCGCACCCAGCACGAAGACCAACGGGGCUACAUGGCCAGCGUCCCAGGACUGCUGAAGGUGCUGCAGGUCUUUGGAGGCUUUGUUGCACUGCUGCUAGAGGGGCAGGAGGAAACCAAAGGCUGGGAAUUUGGGGUUUCCACUUUUGUGUAUUCCAUCUGUCUUUUGGUGUCCUUGGGCACAAUUCUGGUCAUGCUAGGGGACUGCGCCAGCCGUUGCCCCCUGCCCUUUGACCGUCUGUUGGCAGGGUUCAGCCUUCUGGGUGUGCUGCUCUACAUGGUUUCCACGGUGAUCUGCUUCACGAGAAUGCUUGGGUUAAGCAGUCAGCCACAGUCUCAUGUAUUCAUAAUUACAGAGACUGUCAUAGCGUGCAUUACUCUGUUGGCCUACACAGUGGAUCUGGCCUUUUCUGUUAAAUUGUUGUGUGACAGAAGCUGA